AUGAAGAUCUUUUUCUUGUUCACCUUUUCCACUUUUUUGUUGUCUGCUUUUAAACAAGCAGCUGCUUCUGCUCACUAUGACAAGAUUUUAACUCAUAGUCGAAUAAGGGCACGCGACCAAGGCCCAAAUGUCUGUGCCCUUCAGCAAGUUAUGGGAACAAAAAAGAAAUACUUCAGCACCUGCAGAAACUGGUACCAGGGAGCCAUCUGUGGAAAGAAAGCAACUGUCUUAUAUGAGUGCUGUCCUGGCUAUAUGAAGAUGGAUGGUAUGAGAGGAUGUCCUGCAGUUGCUCCUAUUGAUCAUGUAUAUGGUACACUUGGUAUUGUGGGAGCUACCUCCACACAGCACUAUGCUGACAUGUCAAAGCUGAGAGAAGAGAUUGAGGGACGAGGAUCAUUCACUUUCUUUGCACCAAGCAAUGAAGCCUGGGAGCAAUUAAGUUCAGAAAUUCACAGGAAUUUGGUUGACAAUGUAAAUAUUGAACUGUAUAAUGCUCUCCACCACCACAUGGUAAACAAGCGCAUUUUGACAAAAGAUCUUAAGAAUGGCAUGACUCUGGUGUCUAUGUAUAAUGACCAGAAAUUGCUUAUUAACCAUUAUCCUAAUGGGGUUGUUACUGUUAACUGUGCCAGGGUCAUUCACGGCAACCAGAUUGCUACCAAUGGUGUUGUUCAUGUCAUUGAUCGUGUCCUGACUGCUGUUGGAAAUACCAUUCAAGAUUUCAUUGAAGUCGAGGAUGAUCUUUCAUCUCUUAGAGCUGCUGCCAUCACAUCAGAUGUCUUGGAUGUUCUUGGACGGCCUGGUCAUUACACACUCUUUGCUCCUACUAAUGAAGCUUUUGAGAAACUUCCAAGGGGACUCUUAGAAAGGAUCAUGGGUGACAAGGUGGCUUCUGAGGCUCUCGUGAAGUUCCAUAUUUUAAAUACUCUCCAGUGCUCUGAAGCCAUCACAGGUGGAGCUGUCUAUGAAACCUUAGAAGGAAACACAGUUGAAGUUGGUUGUGAUGGUCAAAGCCUGACUGUGAAUGGAGUGAAGAUGGUGAAACGCAAAGAUAUUGUGACAAGCAAUGGUGUUAUCCACCUCAUUGAUGAAGUGCUAAUUCCUGAUUCUGCCAAGCAAGUCAUUGAACUCGGGGGUGCCCAGCAGACUACUUUUACAGACCUUGUGGCACAGCUAGGACUGGCGUCUUCUCUAAGACCAGAAGGCCAAUACACUCUCCUGGCACCACUGAAUGGUGCUUUCUCAGAUGACACCUUAAGGAUGGAUCAGCGCCUUCUUAAAACCAUCCUGCAGAAUCACAUUAUAAAAGUGAAAGUUGGGCUCAAUGAACUGUACAAUGGACAAGAGCUGGAGACACUUGGAGGAAAACUGCUUAGAGUCUUCGUGUAUCGCACAGCUGUCUGUAUUGAAAAUUCAUGCAUGAUCAGAGGAAGUAAAGAAGGAAGAAAUGGUUUUAUUCACAUCUUCAGACAGAUCAUCAAUCCAGCGGAAAAGUCAUUGCAUGAAAUGCUGAGAAAUGAUAAGCGUUUUAGCAUUUUCCUCAGUCUGGUGAAAGCAGCAGAUUUAGAUGAUGUUCUGUCACGGCCUGGAGAAUGGACUCUGUUUGUUCCAACUAAUGAUGCCUUUAAAGGUUUGACUGAUGACGAUAAGGAUAUAUUGAUAAGAGACAAAAAUGCUCUCAGGAAUAUUCUUCUUUACCACUUGACGCAAGGAGUUUUCAUUGGAAGUGGCUUUGAGCCUGGUGUGACAAACAUUCUUAAAACCAUCCAAGGAGGGAAACUCUACUUGAAAAUAGUGAAUGAUACUCUUCUGGUUAAUGAACUGAAAUCAAGAGAAUCUGAUCUCAUGGCAACAAAUGGUGUCAUUCAUGUUAUUGAUAAACUCCUAUAUCCAGCAGAUCUGCCUGUUGGAAAUGAUCAGUUGCUCACAAUCCUGAAGAAGCUAAUUAAGUACAUUCAAAUUAAGUUUGUUCGUGACAGUACCUUCAAAGAGAUUCCACUGACAUUUUACAAAAUUAACAUAAUUGAAAGCAACGUCCAGCCCAUCAUCAGAAAGGAAGACCCAUCUAUCACACAGCUCACUAAAUUAAUUGAAGGGGAACCUGAGUUCAAAAUAGUCAGGGAAGGGGAGACAAUAACUAAAGUGAUUCAUGGAGAACCAAUUAUUAAAACAUACACCAAAUUCAUUGAUGGGCGACCUGUGGAAGUGACAGAGAAAAAAGUAACAGAAGAAAGAAUUAUUCAAGGUCCUGAAAUAAAAUAUACCAGAAUUACUGCAGGUGGUUCAGACAAUGAAGAAAAGUUAAAGAAAUUGCUUGAAGAAGAGGUUACCAAGGUGACCAAAUUUAUUGAAGGUGAUGGUCAUUUACUUGAAGAUGAAGAAAUCAAAAGACUUCUGCAGGGAGCUGGAACUGAGUACACCAAGGUUACUAAAGUAAUUGAGGGAGAGCCACAGAUUAUCGAGAGAGAAAUCAAGAAAGUCCAUCUGGAAGAAGCACCUGUACGGAAAGUACAACCAACCAGAAGGACACAAGGGGGAACAGCAAGAAGGAGGACAAGAUUAGCUCAUCCCUAA